GGUUAAGAUCAAGUAACGACCGUAAUAAUGUAGCUGGUAUUAAUAUCUACUCAGCAAAUGUUAAAUUGGGUCACUGUUAAGCCAACAGCUGACCAUAUUUGUCCGUCCAAGUCAGCAAAAAAAAUACCAGAACAGAAGUAAUAAAUACUAAACCAACGCAGCAAUUUUUGUUGUGUCCACAGCGAAAAUGUUUAAGCUCGGUUAAAAUAAACAAAAUCUCUAAAAUUAGUUCGCGUUGCAGCAAUCAAAAAGUUUAAUACAUUACGUACCAUUGUCGAGUAAUAUGGGCGAUUUCUUCAAAUCCCUAAACUUUAAUUACUUUAACACCACAUCCAGCUUGGUCGAUGCAGGUGGCAAUGGAGGAGGAGGUUCCACUAGUACCACAGUGAACAGUGGCAGCAUGGACAAUGAUUACGUUGGCCAAUACGUGGAAAUAGCUGGGCUGAAGCUGCGCACAAAAUGUGUUAUAGCCGAAGGCGGGUAUGCUUUUGUGUACGUCGCACAAGAUGUGAAAAAUGGCACAGAAUACGCCCUCAAGCGCUUGAUCGCCGCUGAUCAGCAGGCCUGUCGAACUAUCAACAAUGAGAUUAGCGUCCAUAAGCAACUAUCUGGACAUGGCAACAUUGUCACUUGCAUUGGCACCAGCUGCAUUCCUCCUACGUCUCAUCAUGGUGCACAGUUUUUGCUGCUAACGGAACUGUGCAAGGGUGGCUCUUUGGUGGACUGUUUUAGGGUAGACAAUUCAGCGCUUGAUCCACCUGUUAUCCUACGCAUAUUCUAUCAAAUGGCACGCGCCGUUGCUCACAUGCAUACACAAUCGCCGCCCAUAGCUCAUCGUGAUAUAAAGAUUGAAAAUUUCCUUAUUGGCAAUGAUAAACAAAUCAAACUUUGCGACUUUGGCUCAGCCACCAAUGAGCUGUUGGCGCCUACAUUUGAAUGGACCGCUCAUCAGCGCAAUAUGCUUGAGGAUCAACUGAAUACGGUGACCACACCUAUGUAUCGUGCUCCCGAAAUGCUGGAUACGUGGUCGAAUUAUCCAAUUGGCCCGAAGGCGGAUAUAUGGGCACUUGGCUGUAUAUUAUAUUUUCUGUGCUAUCAAAAGCAUCCGUACGAAGAUGGGGGAAAGCUGCGUAUCAUCAAUGCCAACUAUAUUAUGCCACCGGACUCACGUUAUCAUUGCUUUCGUGAGAUUAUAAAAGGCUGUUUUAAAGUGAACCCAGCAGAACGGUGUGACAUUUCGAUGGUGCUGGAACGAUUGGCAGCCAUAGCUGAGACAAACAAUUGGUCGCUGAAGGGACCAUUGGAUCUGCGUGGCAUGCCCAUAGAAACAUCGCCAGCCCAAAGUCCAGAGAGGAGUAUGCCCGAAACGAGCCAUUCUGAAUUUUAUUGCGACAAUCCAAAUCCCGUGGCUACGCCUACGCCAACAACAUCUGUGAAUACGCCACAAACAGCCUCUGCUGGGUCGAGCUCCACGUCCAACCAUGCUAGCGGUAGCUUAUUAUCCUCACUGCGUGGCGGUGCCGGUACAUUGUUGAAAAACAUAAAGGAUACUUCAACUAAGGUGAUGCAAACAAUGCAGCAAUCGAUUGCACGAAACGAUUUAGACAUUAGUCACAUUACAUCGCGCAUUCUGGUGAUGCCCUGCCCCUCAGAUGGCUUUGAAUCCACCUACAAAACGAACAAUAUUGAAGAUGUGCGCCUAUCAUUGGAAAGUCGUUUUGCACCGCAAAAGAUAAGCAUUUAUAAUUUUGGAGCACGGACUGUGCCUCGCCUACCGCCACCAGUGCGCACUGUAGAAGCAGGCUCUGUGUAUGGUUGUCCUCAAGCACAUGCGCCCAAUCUUCAAGGUCUCUUCACUGUUUCUGCGGAUAUGUAUAACUUCCUCAACGCAGAUCCAAAAUCUGUUGUCAUUGUGCAAACGGGCGACUCCGGUGGCUGUACAGCGGCGACUGUUAUAUGCGCUCUGCUUAUGUACGCAGAUUUACUACAGGAACCGGAAGAUGCGGUGCAGGUCUUUGCUGUGAAACGCCACACAAUUAACUUGCGCGCCUCUGAGUUUCGAUAUCUCUAUUAUUUUGGUGAUAUUCUACGCCCUACACCGCUUCUGCCGCACUACAAGAAUAUCAAUCUGGUUUCGCUCAGCUGUCAGCCGGUACCGCGCAUGACUAAGGCUCGCGAUGGCUGCCGCAUUUACAUGGAGGUUUACUGCAACGAGAUGCUGCUUCUCACUACGCUGCAAGAUUACGAAAAAAUGCGCUUAUAUAUAGCAGGUCCUGGUAAAAUUGUGUUGCCAAUUAACUUAACAGUUUGUGGGGAUUUGACUAUUGUAUUGUACCAUGCGCGCAAUGCUUUAAAGGGCAUGGUGCGACCACAGGGUCUCAAGAUUUGUCAAUUUCAAAUUAAUACUGGCUUUGUGCCCGAGCCAGAGACACUCAUCACAUUUAACGCGCAUGAUCUCGAUGAUCUGCCUGAUCCGGAGCAAGUGCCGCCCCACUUUUGCGUGUCGCUCUCGUUAAGCGUAACGGACACGGAAACUCCGCCCAGCCACAAGCCACCAUGGCUACCAGCCAAGUCAAAACGUACUGCACAAAAUUUAUUUAGUUCCGAUUUAGAGUAUGUCGAGAUGCUGGAUAAUUUUGUAACCAAGCCUAGUAAACAAGCCUCAUCGCCACCGUUUGUUAAAAAGCCGGAACGGUCGAGCUCACCCUUGGUGCUGCCCGAUGUCACUGAAAUCGCUCAUGAUACACCCACAGCAAUGCCAGAUCCCUCGCCACCUAUCGAUUUGCUCAAUCUGAAUCAACAACCUAGUACAGGCGCUGCAGCAGCUGCUGCUGAUCCACUAGCUAGUGCCAUGCCCAGCUCGGAUGCUAGCUUCGACCUGUUAGGUGCCUUUGGAGAUGAUGAUUCCACGGGCAUUGGAUCGGCCCCCGUUCCAGAUGUGUUGCCACCGCCAACGCUGCCGCAGUCUGCACAACAACCCCAAAUCAAUGCUGAUCUUUUUGACAUAUUUGGGUCUAUGGAGCAAAACAGCGGGAUCGGCACUACCAAUCUAAAACCAGCAACCAGCAGUAACCUGCCACCUUUCAUGAGUACGGUACCGACCUUCGUCACAACGCCAGCUGCACCCAGAAAGGAACCAUCUCCUACGCAACCUCAGAAACCAAUAGAUCCAUUUGCCGACAUAGCCAAUCUGGCUUCAGAUCUAAAUAUAAACUUUAAUCGAAGCACGCUUGGCGCUAAGUCGGCGGGCAGCACGCCCGUUGGUCAUAGUCCACAGCCUACACAAUUUUCCAGUCCGACGCACAAAUCAGCGCCUAGUCCACCACAGACACACACCCAACCUCAGCCACAAGCUAAGCCUCAACAACAGGCACAGCAACCGUUUGUGAAGACACCACCGCAGCCGCAUCCGCAACCACAGGCUUCACAGUCGCGUCCCGACUAUAGCCGGACACACUUCGAUGCACAGAAGACAUCGCAACAACCAGGCGCUAGUGGGGGACCCAAGAACUCAGAUAUUUUUGCAGAUAUUCUGGGACAACAGGGCUACUCGUUUGGUAGCAAAAUGCAUCAGGGCCCGCGAUCCAUAAAUGACAUGCGUAAAGAAGAGUUGGUGAAAGAUAUGGAUCCCAAGAAAGUGCGCAUUAUGGAAUGGACCGACGGCAAGAAGAACAAUAUACGUGCCCUGCUCUGCUCCAUGCAUAUGGUGCUCUGGGAGAAUGCUAAAUGGCAACGUUGUGAAAUGUCCACCAUGGUUACUCCGGCAGAGGUAAAAAAGGCCUAUCGACGGGCUUGUUUAGCUGUGCAUCCAGAUAAACAUAAUGGAACGGAGCACGAGGAAAUCGCCAAGUUGAUUUUUAUUGAAUUAAAUAAUGCUUGGACGGAUUUUGAGAACGAUGCCACACAGCAAAACAUGUUCAAUGCUUAAAAUGUGUCCUAAAACUAUUAUAAGUAUAUAAUAAUAUAUAUAUACAGAAAUAGUUUUAACAAUCCUUCUAUUAGCUAAACCUAGCUUAAAGCCAUGUAAGAGUGUAAGCUUUAAUGUGUAAAGUGAAAGUAUUUGUGUAUCCCAUAUAAGGUAUACACAUUUUAGUUAGCCCAAAAUGAACCCGAUUUGAAAUUCUAAAAUAUUUAUGGACAAUUUACUUAAUUUUGUAACUAAAUCUAAGGUGCCCAUCCACAUUCCCACAAAUACACAAGAACAACAUUGUGUACGAGCAAAAACAAGAGAAGAAAAUGAUUAUUUUAUAAAUUUGAAUUAAGAGUGUGCAGUUAAGGCAGCAUAUAAUCCUUAAAGCAAUUAUAACUGUACAUUAUAGAGCUAUAAUUUGUGAAACAAACUAUUCUAUAUAUACUCAAUACAUCAAAAGCUCAAUUAUGUAUUAUUGGCGUUAAAAACAAACUGACCUGGUCCCAGCCUAAUAUGUGAUUAUGAUACACGCCUAUGCAAUUAUGAAAAUGAAAUACG